AUGGGUGGUGGCAAUGGACAAAAGUCGGCGGCAAAGCGCGAUCGCAACAACGCUAAAAAGAUGAAAGAUGCCAAGCACAAGAACCAUGCCGAGUCCAAGGCCAAGAUGGAAGCAGACCGAACUGGGCUCAAGUGCAAAAUCUGCAUGACCACGUUCCUUAUCACGGCUAAUAAAACGCAGCUGAAUGAUCAUUUUGAGAGCAAACACUCGGCAAAGGGCUUUACUUUUGAGCAGUGCUUUCCAUAA